GUGACGUCACACCUAUCGACCAAUAGGAAGUAGCUUGCGUAUGCUUGUUGACACCACGCCGUUAGCGACCGUGUCAAAAACACGGCUACUGAUAUUUGAGCCAUGGAGGCCGUGGGGCCCCAGCCUUUGUUGGACAUCUGUUUGACCGAGGUGUGCCGCCGUCUGGAGUCGUUGUGCAGUAAGCGGGACGAUGGCUCCAUGAGACUCAAAUCGCCCAUCAUGUUUCCACAGGAGUUAUCUGACCAGCUGCUCCAUAAGAUGUCGACCACAGGAAUACUAAACGACGUUACCGUUGGCGUUUUUCGAAACUGCGAGGAGCUGCGCCUGUGCAGAGUCUCCAUCCCUUACUGUCCGGUUUCGGCAGAGGCUUUUCACCUGGCGCUCUGCCCUCACCGUCUACAGGAACUAGAUGCCUCUUGGCUCCCUGGGGACAUCACCGGGGCCGACAUUGUCUCAGGCCUGACAUCGAAUUCGGAGUGCAGGUCCGGCCUGCAAAGAUUGACCCUCACUGGUCUACGUCUGGACUGGGAGCCAUUGGAGCUAAAUGCAGGGAAGCGAGUAGGCUUCAGCUCUUUGGAAGGCCUGAAGACACUUAACUUGGCCUACACCGACUUGUCUGAUGCUGACCUUGAAGAUAUCUGCGCUCUCCAUCACUUGGAGAGUCUCGAUAUCUCCUGCACAGCUGUCUCAAAUCUCGCAGCACUUACAGAAUGCCAGAACACCCUGAGGUCCUUGAAGGUCCACGGGCUUCGGCGGCUGCACAUGUCACCGGCCCGGCUCCUCUCCGUGCUCGGCCAGCUUCGGGCCCUCAGGCAUCUGGACUUUUCGGAAGACCACUUUGCCGUAGACGGCAGUAAUGGGAAGGAUGGAGAUGAGACGGUGCGGCAGCUGCUGGAGGGCAGCCCUCGGGUUCUGCCUCAGCUCAUUUCGCUCGAUAUAUCUGGAAGGAAGAGAGUCACUGAAGCUGCAUUGAAGGUAUUUUUGGAGAGCCGCGGUGGACUGAUCUUUCUGGGGCUCCUCGCCACCGGAGUGAGCUCCAGUGAUGUCCUGUCGACACGGAAAGAUCUGAAAGUAGCAGGAGAAGCCAAUGAGAAACAGGUGUGCGAGGCCCUGAGACGAUACAGAGACCGGGAGUGUUUCAUAAGAGAGGCCCUUCUACAACUCUACAAUCUGACCACAGACACUGACAAACCCCAGGAGGGUAUCCUUAAGCUGGUGCUCGGUGCGAUGCAGAGCCAUCCCUCGUCCUUGCGCGUCCACCUGGUGGCUACGGCCUGUAUUUUCAACCUGACCACGCAGAACAUGGCCGAGGCCAUGCCCGUCAGCCUGCUCAGUGCCACCGUCGGUCGACUGCUCUACGCUAUGAAGACAUUCCCAAGUCAUCAAGAGGUGCAGAAGAACUGCCUGCUGGCUCUGUGCAGCGACUACAUUCUUCAAGAUGUCCCUUUUGACAAGUAUUUGGCAGCCACCCUGGUGAUUAACUGGCUAAGCAGCCAUGAGAAUCCAACCCUUCAGAGGAUGGCAGUGGCCGUCAUCUCUAUCCUGGUGGCCAAGUUGACUGUGGAGCAGACCGCUCAGCUCAGCCAGGACGCCUUCGUCAUGAAGCAACUGCUGGCCAUUGUGCAGCAGAAGGCCAUGAUGGGGGUGGUUGACUCCACUCUGAAUUUUGCACUUACUGCUUUGUGGAACCUGACGGAUGAGAUCCCUGCCGCGGCUCACAACUUCAUUAAGUGUCAAGGCCUGGAGCUUUACGAGGAGGUCCUGGAGACGUACCACAGUGAGCCAUCCAUUCAACAGAAGGUUCUCGGACUCCUGAACAACAUAGCCGAGGUGGAAGAGCUGCAGGAGGACUUGUUGGAAAAGGAGCUGCUCGAACACGUACUCACCCUGCUGCAGAACUCCCGCCUGGAGGUCGGUGUCCGUUAUUUUGCCGGAGGGAUUUUAGCACAGCUCGCCUCCAGAGCGGACACCUGCAGCUUGGACGAGGAGCUGCGCGCCACCAUCGUGAAGCAGCUGCAUUCCUCUAUAAUGACUUGGACCCAGCUGGAGAGAGAAAUGGUCUCCUAUAGGUCCUUCCGUCCUUUCUGCCCUCUGCUGCGGACUUGUCAGGCUCCAGGUGUGCAGCUGUGGGCCGUGUGGGCCAUACAUCUGCUGUGCAGCCAAAACAUAUCGCUUUACGGCAGAAUGCUGGAAAAGGACGGUGUUACCGAACUCCUGAAGGUCUUGGCUACGCAUUCGGACACUCACGGCGACGUCAAGGGACUAUCGGAAAACAUCUUACAAAUGGUCACUCGACACCGGAGUCAGACAACAACCAGACAGUAGCUUGAGACUGGACUCGGGGAGAAUAGAACGUGUUGUUAAACUGAGAAAGAGAAUUAUUUAAGUUUCCGUGUAAAAAUGUUCAUAUGUUCAAAUGUUCAAAAUAAAGUGUCAUCCAAAUAAAACUUUUUUCAAUCAGA